AUGAGCCAACAAAUAUCAUCAGAGCAACUCCAACAAAUGCUUACCCUCAAUGCCAAGAUGGCAGGUGAGGCUGGUCAGAUCUUCAACUACUACCAUGUUGUCUUUAACCAGAUGUUGAGCGAAAUUAAGAAAGACCCAAGCGCUGGUCUGUCAGUCCCAACUCUUUCAUCGAUUUUCAGCUUGCCAUCACCAGCAGUUGCACCACAGACACCUGUUGCCAAGCCUACAAAGAAGAGAGCAACAAAGAAGACUGAUACCAAUGGCAAUGCUACCGCCCCAGCCACUCCAGCUCCAGCUGCAGUAGCCCCAACCACCCCAGUCACAGACAAGAAGAGAAAGGCACCAGAGACACCAGCAGAUAGUCCAUCCGACGAGCCAAAGAAGAGAGGCAGAAAGAAGAAGUCCGAUGAGCAAAAGGCUGCCGACGCCGCCAAGAAGGCUGAGGAGAAGAAGCUGGAGGCCGAGAAGAAGAAGAAGGAGAAGGCUGAGAAGGCCAAGCGCAACGAGCCCGAGGACGAGGACUCUUCCUCAGAUGCGCCAGUCACCCCAAAGAAGCCAGUCUCCACUCCAAAGAAGAAGGUCACUGCCAAGGCUGCCUCACACUCAUCCGACUCUGACAAUUAA